GGAAAACACCACAACGUUUACUCAGAAAUAACUUGUAUCAAAUUCUUGGAUAUUUCUUAGGUUUUUUUCGAUUUUUCCCUUAAAGAAAAUUUAUUGUUUCUUCAAGAAUCAAGACUGGGAAAGUUUAGCUCAUUAAAGGAAUACAAUGGCGCUGAAACUAUUGGAUCUCAACUCUACCGUAUCAUCAACAUUCUUCUCUGUGGAGAAUGUCUCUGUGAACUACACCUCCUCUCGUGCAUAUUAUUAUCCAAACAUCACCUAUGUGGACUUCUACCUGCAUGAGCCCUUGGUAUCAGCUAUUUUUAUUGUAUCUUACCUCCUUAUAUUUAUCGUAUGCAUGGUGGGAAAUGGAGUGGUGUGCUUCAUCGUGCUAAGGAGCAAGAACAUGCGUACAGUCACCAAUCUCUUCAUUCUCAACUUGGCAAUCAGUGACCUGCUGGUUGGCAUCUUCUGCAUGCCCACAACAUUGGUGGACAACAUCAUCACAGGCUGGCCUUUUGGCAGUUUGGUAUGUAAGCUGAGCGGCAUGGUACAGGGAAUAUCGGUUUCCGCCUCUGUCUUCACACUGGUGGCCAUCGCUGUGGACAGAUUCCGCUGCAUUGUCUAUCCCUUCAAACAGAAGCUCACAAUCUCCACCUCCACCUUCAUCAUUGUCAUCAUCUGGGUUCUGGCCAUCUCCAUCAUGUGUCCAUCAGGAGUCAUGCUACAAGUCACCAAGGAGCACCGUGUCUCCAUCUUGCUAAGUGACAGCAACACCACACAACCCUUCUAUUGGUGUCUUGAAAUCUGGCCAAACCAAGAGAUGCGCAAGAUUUACACUACAGUACUCUUUGCUAACAUUUAUUUGGCUCCUCUUACGCUCAUCGUCAUUAUGUAUGCCCGGAUUGGGAUCACCCUGUUCAAGACUUCAAUGCCUGCCUCUGUGAGCCAAGUUGGGACCUCAGGCUCUGGUUCUGGCUCAGGGAAACAUAGCAGAUAUGAAAGCCGUCAGCUGGUGUCACGCAAAAAGAAGCGGGUGAUUAAAAUGUUGCUAGUGGUGGCCCUGCUGUUCAUCCUUUCAUGGCUGCCAUUGUGGGCACUCAUGAUGUUAAGCGACUAUGCAAGCUUGAGUGAGCACCAACAUCGAGUUAUUAAUAUAUAUGUUUACCCCCUGGCCCACUGGUUGGCAUUCUGUAACAGCAGUGUCAAUCCAAUAGUCUAUGGGUUUUUCAAUGAAAAUUUUCGCAAGGGCUUCAAGGCAGCCUUUAAGCUUCAGCUCUGUUCAGCCCAUUCUGGGAGGAGAACCUAUUCACAUCGACUGCAGGGGAAUGCUGUGUUACCUGCCAGCUUGCCCCUGACCAAGAAGCCUGUGGUGGAGACUGGAGGUCCCAGAUCAGGACAAGGGCUCAUCCAAGGGCUAGUGUCAGUGGGGAAUGGGAAAGGUCCAGGUGAAAGCAGCCAGUCUUCUGACAAUAAGAACAUUAAAGAACAGGAUCUGAUCAUGGAAGAUCUGGAGAAGGUGUGUAUGUGUUAGAGAAUACAUGGCAUUGUUUUGGAUCCCUCAAACCUCAUAUUGAUUCUGUAUUCUUAAUUCAGAAUAAAAUAUUUAAAUGUGUUCCAAAAACAAUACUUAUCCUCUUUUGAUAAAAAAGAAUCAACAGAUGCAAAGUUGAUGAGUAUUUUCAGAAAUUCUGAGCUUAGAAAAUGGCAUUAUUUAACAGAAUUUGAGCAUGGAAGAUGGAACCGAACUCUGUGACUUAAAGUUUCACACCCCUGGACUGCCUUGUUUAACCUC